UACCGAGAACACUGGGCAGGGGCAGGGGCAGGGGCAGGGUGUACAAGAGGGCGUUGGCGCAGACCUGUUGUGCAACAAGCCGAGCACGUGGGUGAAUCGAUACUCCCAGCCCCGAUGCUUGUUGUGACAGCAGCUCCCGAGAAAACGUCUCCGCACGUGCAAUUGGUUGCAUCGGAGGCAGCUGUCGACGCUGAGUUUACACAGCCCAGGCGCGCACAGCACACAUCAAUUCGCCUGCAACGGCUUUUGCCGCCAAAAACACCCGAGCCGCCUCAGAAGCCUCAGUCAGUAUGGCCACCACUUCCAGCCCGCAAGUGCUCGGACGCGGGGGCCAGCACCGCUGGCGGGCGCAGUCACCCGGUGGAAUCGUUAUUUGGGCACAGCCCGGCAAUAGCUCACCGCCGGGCCAGCAGCCUUCCGCACGGAACUGUACCUCCUGGAACCAGCACCGUCGCAGUCACAUCGCCCUUGCUUGGCCACAGGCCCAACUUGGGCCUUCAGGGUGCCACACUAGACUUUCAGGAGGGCCCAGUACGAGGCGACAGAUGCCUCACGUCUCUCGAGGAGCAAGUCUCCGAAAUGUUUAUCGAGCUAGGCCUGAGCUCGCCGUAUACAGACAAGGGGCAGAUCGCUAAUGACAGGUUGUGCGUUCCAGGGGGCAAUGAUGGCGCUGCUGCCAUCAAUAUCCAAGACAACAGUGGCAGCAGGUCUGGUCGACACUAUAGUGGGAUGGCGACUGUGCCUUGGUUUCACCAGGCCCAAUACACCGAACCCGGCCUGGAGGAGCCUGCACCCGAACGCGACGUGGUUCUCGUCGAUGACGACUCCAGUUGCGCCGACAAUAUAGUCGACGCUGGUUGUCUCCACCGAGGCCCCCUAUAUUUGACAGGUGUUGGGGCCGUUCAUGGCGGGUCAGGCUCACACACCCAGCGAAUUCCGGCAGCAACGGGCAACAAGCACAAUGCCGCCAGCAGUGCCGCAUCGGCCAAAUUCGAUUCUUCGCAGCACCAUUCAUCAUUUAGGCCGCGAGCGCACGCAAUUGGCAGCCAUCGACACGCCAACCCACGCGAGUACUAUGACAGCUCAGGUGCCGCAUUUUUUGCCGCAAACCAGUGUUUGGUCUGCCACGACCUCAAGAUGCCAUGCAGUCAGAUGCACGGCAUUAUCGCGCGCAUCGAGCAAACCAACCAAUAUGUUUACAGCAUCGGGAGGCACGCAUCAGCUGUCGACGUUCUUUUGGCCGAUCUCCGCACCCAGUCGCGAGCCCUAGCAGAGAUCCUGUCGAUAUCCCAGACACGCGCAUCAGCUCUUGGCCAAACAAUCAGCCGCUCUAUCAACAGUACCCAGCUCGCCGCUGGCGAUGACGGCUUCUGCGUUGGAGAUGCAUGCUCGGCGCACGACUCUCCCCAAACAGCCAAGCUCAUAUCAACUACCACCAUUCGCUUUCUAGAAAGACCCGCGACCUGCACAAAAGAGUUCAGCUGCUGGAGACACAGGCUUGUGCGAGUAGUACAUCACCAGAUCUUGGACACGCAUCAUUGGUUCCUGACAUUAAAUACAACAGAGGUUACACUCUAUUACGAGGAUCGACGAGAAAAUGGCCAAAAACGAUACAAGCACACAGCUGCGAUCGUCACCAAGGAGUUCACGGCAGGAUCACCAAGCCGGUUCCUCGCGCCACCGUCGGCCUGAGCAGCCCCUUGCUGUUAGAGUGCGGCGCAUUGACAAGCAAUGGUCUGAGCUGCGCAGCGUGAUAGGCCAGCUCGGAAUCAGCUAUGUAUCCGACGCUGUAGCCAAAAAUUCUUCCGGCGAGACACUCACCGCCCUCGGCGCGACACCCAAUGUGGUGGCGGCAGCAGCAAUCGCUGCAGAUGGCAUUAAGCUGAUUCAGCGGGUGCUUAA